AUGUCACACUCACUUCAUGCCGUUCCAGACUUCUGGAAAGGUGUACUACUCGGCGCAUCUGGCUGCACGUUUACGAUUCUAUUCUUCACACUGGCAUUUGCUAUUCCUUUUCUCCGGCAAAAAGAUGUCUACGACAAUGACCACUGGAAGCUCAAUGUCAAGGUGCCGUUCACCACCAUGUGGAUGAACAUGGGCUAUUGGACGAAUACCGACGGCCUACACGUUACGGAUUUUGAAACAGCCUGUCGCAAUCUACUUUUAGAAGUGCUCGAAGAAGCCCAGAUUUUCAAAGACUCAGUUCAGUCCUCUGCGUUGGCUAUUCUAGACUUGGGUGUUGGUUGUGGUGACCAGUCACUUGAGCUCGCACGACUUGUCAACGACCUAGGCGUUACCGGAUACUGUUAUGCAGGACUCACUCUAAAUGAGCCUCAGCAUCGCCUGGCUUUAUCCAGAGUGCAAUUGGAGGUGUCAAAACUCAAGUUGGUUGACGGAACUGUUGAAAUCUUUUGCGCUGACGCCGCGAACCCCGACACCUGGAACGCGCGCGUGAAGUCUGCCGUCAGGUCUAUGGUCGAGCACAAGACCAGCGAUCAACACAGAUGGGUACUAGCCCUUGACAGCAUGUACCACUUCUUUCCUUCGAGAGAGCCAAUACUCAACUACGCAGCCAAGAACCUUGAUGCUUCGUUCGUGGCCUUUGAUUUGCUGCUGAGCGAUGAAGCGUCUUUCCGACAGAGGUUACUAGUCAAGCUCAUUGGCCUGAUGAUGGGUUGUCCUGCUGCGGCCUUUGUGACAGUUGCAGACUACACGAAGCAGCUCGUUGACGCGGGCUUCGACGAGAAACAUAUUCGGUUCAGGGAUAUAACGGAACAUGUGUUCCCUGGUCUCGUCAGUCAUAUUCAGAGCCAGAAUGAGGCAUUGAGGCCACUUGGGAUAUCAGUAGGAAAGUUCAAAGUAGCCGCAAAGGUGUUUGGUUGGUUUGCUGAGUCAAAAGCACUGAGAGGGACGAUUGUGACCGCACGCAAGAGACCUAAAAUUCAGUGA